GCCGCCGAGGCUCCGCCAUGGCCUCGGGAGCCGGAGGAGUAGGAGGGGGCGGUGGCGGCAAGAUCCGGAUGCGGCGCUGCCACCAGAGGCCCAUCAAGCCUUACCAGCCGGGGCGACCGCAGCACCAGGGCAUUCUUAGCAGGGUUACAGAAUCUGUUAAGAAUAUUGUGCCAGGGUGGCUACAAAGAUAUUUCAACAAGAAUGAAGAUGCAUGUAGCUGCUCAACAGACACAAGUGAGGUUCCACACUGGCCAGAAAAUAGAGAUGAUGAUCAUGUGAUWUAUGGCCAUGAGGAGAGCUCUAAUAUUAAUGAUGGAAGAAUCACCCCUGAGCCAGCUGUCAGUAAUACAGAAGAACCUUCAACAACAAGUACUGCUUCCAAUUAUCCAGAUGUAUUGACAAGGCCUUCUCUUCACCGGAGUCAUCUGAACUUCUCCAUGUUGGAAUCUCCAGCGUUGCACUGUCAGCCAUCUACAUCUUCGGCAUUCCCAAUUGGCAGUUCUGGAUUUUCCCUUGUAAAAGAAAUAAAAGAUUCUACCUCUCAGCAUGAUGAUGACAACAUCUCAACUACCAGUGGUUUUUCUUCAAGAGCCUCUGAUAAAGAUAUAGCUGUUUCAAAGAAYACUUCAUUGCCACCUCUGUGGUCCCCAGAGGCUGAACAUUCUCAUUCACUCUCUCAACAUACUGCCACCAGCUCAAAAAAACCAGCAUUUAACUUAUCUGCCUUUGGAACACUUUCCUCUUCACUUGGGAAUUCUUCAAAUCUUAAAACAAGUCAGCUUGGAGAUUCUCCUUUUUAUCCUGGAAAAACAACAUAUGGUGGGGCAGCUGCUGCAAGACAGUCUAAGCUACGAAAUACACCUUAUCAGGCACCAGUCAGAAGACAGAUGAAAGCUAAGCAACUUAAUGCACAAUCUUACGGUGUGACUAGUUCAACAGCUCGGCGAAUAUUGCAGUCUUUAGAGAAGAUGUCAAGUCCUCUAGCGGAUGCGAAAAGAAUUCCAUCAGUUGUUUCUUCUCCUCUAAACUCUCCUCUUGAUAGGAGCGGGAUAGAUAUCACAGAUUUUCAGGCCAAAAGAGAAAAGGUGGAUGCUCAAUAUCCCCCUGUUCAGAGACUUAUGACCCCAAAGCCAGUUUCCAUUGCAGCAAAUCGAACUGUUUAUUUUAAACCAUCUCUGACCCCAUCUGGUGAAUUAAGAAAGGUUAAUCAAAGAAUUGAUAAAAAGGACAGUACUGGAUAUGAAAAAAAUAUGACACCAAGACAAAGUAGAGAACAAGAAAGUGGCUUUUCAUAUCCAAAUUUCAGUAUUCCUGCAGCCAAUGGUUUAUCUUCUGGAGUAGGUGGUGGAGGUGGCAAGAUGAGACGAGAGAGAACACGCUUUGUUGCUUCUAAACGUUCAGAGGAGGAGGAAAUGGAAGUACCAGUAUUACCGAAAAUACCCCUACCAAUCACCGGUUCUUCACUGCCUACCUUCAAUUUUAGUUCUCCAGCAAUCACAACUUCCUCUCUGUCACCCAUCGGUCCUUCUCAGUCGUUAACAAACAAGGUACAAAUGACAUCUCCGAGCAGCCCUGGAAGUCCCAUGUUUAGAUUUUCAUCUCCAAUUGUAAAAUCUACUGAGGCAGAUGUACUACCUCCAUCCUCUAUUGGAUUUACAUUUAGUGUGCCUGUUGCAAAAACAGAAUUUUCCUCCACUAGUACUUCAGAACGAAGUAUAAGUAGUUCUGCUCAAGAUAUCACUGUGGUGAACAGCACAAGCUAUAAGAAGCGAGAUGAAGAUUGUGAGGGCCUUUUUAGACCUGUAAAAAUCCUGAAAGAAGGAAGUGUUCUAGAUGUUCUGAAAAGCCCUGGUUUCACAUCGCCAAAGGUAGAUCCUCUUGCUGCUCAGUCUACCGCAACAAGCCCAGUAGUUUAUACAAGACCAGCAAUAAGUACAUUUUCUUUGAGUGGAAUUGGGUUUGGGGAGAAUUUAAAGGGUGGAUCAUCAUGGCAGUGUGAUACAUGUCUACUCCAGAACAAAGUUACAGACAACAAGUGCAUAGCCUGUCAAGCAGCAAAAUUGCCAUCAAGGGAAACUGCCAAACAACCUGGAAGUGGGACACCAACCAAAAGUGGCAAAGCAACUCUUUCUGCGUCGGCUACAGGCUUUGGAGACAAAUUUAAACCAGGAACUUGGGAUUGUGACACCUGUUUAGUGCAAAAUAAACCGGAAGCAAUGAAAUGUGUAGCCUGUGAAACACCGAAACCUGGCACUGGUGUGAAGCGAGUGCUCACAUUGACAGUGGUUUCAGAAAGUGCUGGGACCAUGGCUGCGUCAUCUUCCAGCUGUACUGUGGCAUCUGGUUCUUUAGGAUUUGGAGAUAAAUUCAAAAAGCCUGUGGGGUCUUGGGAGUGUCCAGUUUGCUGUGUUUCUAACAAUGCAGAAGACAACAAAUGUGUGUCCUGUACUUCUGAGAAACCAGGAAGUUCAAUACCUGCUUCAAGUAGCAGCACUGUGUCUGUCUCUCUGUCUUCUGGAGGCUGCCUAGGAUUGGACAAGUUCAAAAAACCUGAGGGAAGCUGGGACUGUGAAGUGUGCCUAGUCCAGAAUAAAGCCGACUCUAGCAAGUGUGUUGCAUGUGAAAGUGCAAAACCAGGCACGAAAGCUGAGUUUAAAGGCUUUGGCACAUCAUCUUCGUCUUUGAAUCCAUCAACUACGUCCUUCAAAUUUGGUAUCCCAUCAUCUUCUGGGCCUUGUGUAUCAUCUGACUCUGGAUCUAUAAACCCCAUCAGUGAAGGCUUUAAAUUUUCUAAACCUACUGGAGAUUUUAAAUUUGGAGUUUCAUCAGAUUCUAAACCUGAAGAAGUUAAAAAAGACAGUAAGAAUGAUAAUUUUAAAUUUGGACUUUCUUCUGGUUCAAGCAACCCAGCUUCAUCAGCUUCAUUUCAGUUUGGAGUGUCUAAUCUUGGGCAGCAAGAAAAGAAAGAGGAACUGCCUAAAUCUUCACCUGCAGGCUUCAGCUUUGGUACGGGUGUUAUUAACCCUACCCCUGCUGCUACUGAAACUGUGGUGACCUCUGAGAAUAAGAGCAGCUUCAGUUUUGGAACCAUAGAAACCAAGAGUGUCUCAGUGGCUCCUUUCACUUGUAAAAUGACAGAAGCUAAAAAGGAAGAAAUGCCUACAACCAAGGGAGGGUUCACUUUUGGCAACAUGGAACCUUCCUCUCUGCCUUCUGCCUCCAUGUUUGUUUUGGGAAGGACAGAAGAGAAGCAACAAGAGCCCGUCACUUCUACUUCUCUGGUUUUUGGGAAGAAAGCUGACAAUGAAGAGCCGAAGUGUCAACCAGUGUUUUCCUUUGGGAAUUCAGAGCAAACCAAAGAUGAGAGUUCUUCAAAGUCAACAUUUAGUUUCAGUAUGACAAAACCAUCUGAGAAGGAAUCUGAUCAACCAGCAAAGUCUACAUUUGCUUUUGGAGCUCAAACCAAUACUACAGUUGAUCAAGGAGCAGCAAAGCCAGUUUUUAGUUUCUUGAACAAUAAUUCCUCUGGUUCAAGUACACCAGCAACUUCAGCUGGUGGUGGCAUAUUUGGUAGUUCCACUUCUUCCUCCAAUCCACCUGUGGCUGCCUUUGUGUUUGGACAGGUCAGCAAUCCUGUGAGCAGCUCUGCUUUUGGUAACUGUGCUGAAUCCAGUACAUCUCAGUCUUUGCUGUUUUCUCAGGAUAGUAAACCAGCAACCACAUCCAGCACAGCUACAGUGGUUACCCCAUUUGUCUUUGGGCCGGGAGCCAGCAGUAAUAGUACUGCAACCUCUGGUUUCAGCUUUGGAGCUACAACCACUACAGGGUCCUCCUUUGUAUUUGGCACUGGGCCUCCAGCACCAUCUGCCACUCCAGCAUUUGGUGCUAACCAGACCCCAACAUUUGGACAGAGUCAAGGUGCCAGCCAGCCCAAUCCCCCAAGCUUUGGAUCUAUAUCAUCUUCAACAACAUUGUUUUCUGCUGGGUCUCAGCCUGCACCACCUACUUUUGGAACAGUGUCAAGUAGCAGCCAGCCUCCUGUGUUUGGACAACAGCCUAGUCAGUCAGCAUUUGGCUCUGGAGCAGCUCCUAAUCCCAGUUCCGGUUUCCAAUUUGGCAGCAGCACUACAAAUUUCAAUUUCACAAACAACAACCCAUCAGGAGUGUUCACAUUUGGUGCAAAUCCUAGCACGCCUGCAGCCUCUGCCCAGCCUUCAGGCUCAGGGGGCUUUCCAUUCAACCAGCCUACAGCAGCUUUCACAGUGGGGUCAAAUGGGAAAAAUAUGUUCUCCUCUUCUGGAACUUCAGUUCCUGCUCGCAAAAUAAAGACUGCUGUUAGGCGAAAGAAAUAAAGGUCAAAGUGGUGUUGCACACACAGUUUUAACGACAKCUGGUGCCCUUAUUUCAGAUACUGGAUUGUACUCCAAACUGGGCUCGUCUGAAGUCACAUCUGCCUAAGGACUUCUUUAAUUUUGGAAUUUUCCUCCUUUUUCUUUACGGAAGCUCCACUCCCACCUCUCCCAAUCCCCACCCCC